AUGGAAGAUGCCCCAUUAUUUAGUGAAUGGGAUAAACAAGUUUUCAUCGUAGUAAAUCACGUGGCGUUGAGCACCCUCAUUUGCCUGUUUGGCUUCGUGGGCAACGUCAUAAAUAUUUGCGUGUUUGUGAAACAGGGCCUGGGCAAAGCGAUCAAUUCAAGUUUGUUCGCCAUUGCCAUUUCGGACAUCCUGGAGAUAGUCUUCCAGAUCUGGCACAACCUUUGUUUGAAUCCGUAUCUGCUGGAGCUGGACUCUGACCUUGAUCUCGACCAGAUUCAGUACCUGACCGCUGGCUGGCCCAGCCUAGUCCUCGUCAGGAUCACCAGCUGGGUGACAGUGUACAUCACGGCGGAGAGAUGUCUGUCCAUAGCGCUUCCAUUAAAGAUCAAACAGAUCGUAACCCCUCGGCGGACGGCCGCGAUCCUGGCCUUCAUCUUCGCCAUCAACGUGGCGUCGGUUGUUCCCCUUUACUUCUCGGCUUAUUUCAGCUGGAAUUUUUACCCGGCCCGGAACAAGACGAGGCUCGGGAUAUCCUUCAGAAGCAACCAGCUGUACAUCGACCAUCUGCUCACGCUCUUUCAGGCGUCUCUGACCAUCAUCGCGUUCGUGUUCGUCGUCGUGUUUACAACAGUGCUGGUGGCCAAACUCAAACAGAACUCGAAAUGGCGUCGCCGGACAACAUCAUCGGACGAUAGACAGACGGGAUGGAUGUCGGGUAAAGAGAGAAGAACCGUUGCCAUGGCGAUCGCCGUCGCCGUCGUCCUCAUCGUCUGCCUCACCCCCGAUGUCAUAUUCACCCUCAUGACGUCCAGCGACCCCAGCUUCGGCAUCACGGGCAAGGAGACCAACGUGUUCCAGGCCGCCUGGUCCUUUGCGUUUCUCCUCCACUCCGUCAAUUCGAGCAUCACCAUCCUCUUGUACUACAAGACGAGCACGAGGUACAGGCAGACUUUUCAGGAAAUGUUCCCGAGA